CGCUGCGGCGAGGGCAGGAGCGGAUUUAAAAGAGGUCCGGGCGGGAGGAGGGAGGCUGCGGAGAGAGUGCGGAGCCGAGCGCAGAAGCACAGCGCGACAGCCGAGGCACCCACCGACGGGCGCAGAGGGAGCGAGCGGAGCCGGGAGGCGCGCUCCGGGCAGUGAGAGCCGAGCCGGCCGGGCGCCCUCCCCAUUCCCUGCUCCCGCGCCGCGCCCCUCCAGCCAGCAUGAGACUCCUAUCGGCCGCGCUGCUCCUGCUGCUCCUGGCGCUGUGUGCCGCACGCGUGGACGGGUCCAAAUGCAAGUGCUCGCGAAAGGGGCCCAAGAUUCGAUACAGCGACGUGAAGAAGCUGGAAAUGAAGCCAAAGUACCCGCACUGCGAGGAGAAGAUGGUUAUCAUCACCACCAAGAGUGUGUCCAGGUACCGGGGUCAGGAGCACUGCCUGCACCCCAAGCUGCAGAGCACCAAGCGGUUCAUCAAGUGGUACAACGCCUGGAACGAGAAGCGCAGGGUCUACGAAGAGUAGGGCGAAAAAUCCCGCAUGGGAAAACUUCACACCAGCUGGGAGACGAGCAAAGGACUCUGCAGAUUAAAAAAAAAAAAAAACAAAAAAAAACCUUUCCUUUCUCACAGGCAUAAAACACAAAUUAUAUAUUGUUACAAAGCACUUUUUACCAAGGGUCAGUUUUUACAUUUUAUAGCUGUGUGCGGAAGGCUUCCAGAUGUGAGACCCUUCUCUCUUGUGCUCCAGACUUUAUCACACACUGCUUUUUAUCGAAAAGGGGGAAACUCAUGCCUUUCCUCUGUAAAAAAAA